AAGGUUAGCACGAACAUGGCGGAGACCAGAGUCACGUUGCCGUUAAAAACUCUUUCUUUUUUGGCCAAUUUCAGCCUUAAAAGAAAAAAAGUUACGAAUAACGACGGUGAAAUAAAAGUGAUCUACAGAGGCUAGGAGUGGGCUCGGGAACAACGGCGAGAGUUGAAUGUUGGGAGGAAAAAAAGUGUGUGUUUCAAAAAGAGACUCUCUGUCGUGCUUAGACACCGGCAAGGCCUCCUCAUUCUCCCUCUGCUUCUCCUCCUCCGUGUGUGCCUCUGAAAGCUGAUUAAAGAUCAGGCCAGGAAGGGCCAGGUUUAGGGAAACAGGAAGCCUGAUGCGGGGAAGCGGCCCACGUCACCAGCCACACACCCACCCAACCACCCCCUGCUUGCCUCCACUAAAAGUGAAAUCCUGAGCCAGCGCAAGAGUAUGGACUCCUUGCUCAAGUCCCCGAUGAAACUUGUACUUUUAACAGCAUGGGUCUACGGUGCGGUGAAACUGUGCCGCGCUGACAACUGCCCCGAAUGUCACUUGCUGGCGGUGUGCGAAUCCCACAGCGGACUGAGGGGCUGCUACUGCAGACACGGAUACACCGGCGACGGCAUCAAGUUUUGUAACGACGACAACGAAUGCAACGGGACCAAUAUCUGCGGGGAGUGGGCGGGAUGCACCAACACCGAUGGCAGCUACAACUGCACGUGCGUUCCCGGCUACCAUUCCACUGGGCUGAACGGCAGCACAGAUUGCACCGACAUUGAUGAGUGCGAGGCGGUAGAGCGGUGUGGCCCGUAUUCCAACUGCCACAACACAAACGGAUCUUUCUACUGCACCUGCCAGCGGGACUUCAGCCCCACCAAAGGGCCCGCACACUUCCAGCCCGACAACGGCACACACUGCAGAGUGCACCCUCAGAAAGACUGCCAUGACAGCGCCGGGUGCCUCACACAGACUGUCAACAGAACUCUUGAAUACAUCGCCAACUUGACGGAGCCCAGGAGCAUGCUGGGAGAGAUCACGGCGAAGACGUCCGGAGACCUGACCUCGGUGGAGGUCAUCUCGUACGUGGAGGCCUUGUCUCGCUCGGCCUGGCGCUUCGAGGGGAAUCAUGCCGUCAGCGAGCCCAGUGCUGUCAACGCCACUCUCACUAAACUGGUGGCGGCGGUGAACAACCUGGUGGAGAAGGAGGAGCUGGUGGCAUGGAGCCGGAUGGCAGAGGAGCUGAGGGAGAACACCGUGACCAAGCUGCUGCACGCGCUGGAGCAGAGUGCCCUGGCUCUGGCCCGGGGCAGCAGCUCCCCCACCCAGCUGGACAUCAGAGCCAGGGACAUGGAGUUGAAGGUGGUGACGUUCGACGCCGAUCAGUCCCAGGAGCCGCUGUCUGUGUCCCUAAGUGGAGAUCUUAUUAAGAUUGAACCCAAAGAUGGUCUGAAAGACCGCAGUAAUGGAAGCGUCUCGGUGGUGUUUGUGCGAUAUGACAGCCUCGGUGACAUCCUGAAGCCCAGUUCGGACCCGGGAGUCACCGACUACUCGCGCUAUGCCGGAUCGGGGGAAAUCACGGUCCACUCCCAGGUGGUCGCGGCCGCCAUCAAACCUGCUGACGUCUACCAACUGGAACGCAUCACCCUCACUCUCUGGCACAACGAGCCUAUCGACGUGGACGCCGACGUGACCAAGUGUGCCUUCUGGGAGUACGACCCGGACACCCUGCAGGGGCACUGGGCCACCCACGGCUGUACGAGGGAGCAGGUCAACAGCACCGCCACCACGUGCUCCUGCGACCACCUGACCCACUUCGCCAUCCUUAUGUCCUCCGGGCGGGCCAACCUGGUUGCCCACUCCAACGUCCUGAUGCGCAUCACCCAGCUGGGCAUGGUCAUCUCCCUCAUCUGCCUCUCCAUGUGCAUCUUCACCUUCUGGUUCUUCAGCGGGAUCCAGAGCACCCGCACCACCAUCCACAACAACCUCUGCUGCAGCCUCUUCAUGGCCGAGUUCAUCUUCCUGGUCGGCAUCAACAUGAACACACACAAGCUCUUCUGCUCUGUGAUCGCCGGGCUGCUCCACUACUUCUUCCUGUCUGCGUUCGCCUGGAUGUGCAUCGAGGGCAUCCACCUGUACCUCAUCGUGGUGGGGGUCAUCUACAACAAGGGCUUCCUGCACCGCAACUUCUACCUCUUCGGCUACGGCAGCCCCGCCGUGGUGGUGGCCAUCUCCGCCGCGCUCGGCUCCAAGUACUACGGCACCGAUAAAGUGUGCUGGCUUAGUACAGAGAACAACUUCAUUUGGAGUUUCAUUGGGCCCGCGUGUCUGAUCAUUUUGGUAAAUCUUCUCGCUUUCGGAGUCAUCAUCUACAAAGUUUUCCGACACACUGCUGUGAAAAAGCCAGAGAUCAGCCAUUAUGAAAAUAUCAGGUCCUGUGCCCGCGGGGCCUUGGCCCUCCUCUUCGUGCUGGGGGCCACCUGGACGUUCGGCUUGCUCCACAUCCUCCACGAGACCACCCUCACCGCCUACCUGUUCACCAUCGCCAACACCUUCCAGGGCAUGUUCAUCUUCAUCUUCCUCUGCGUCUUGUCAAGAAAGGUUCAAGAAGAGUAUUACAGGCUUUUCAAAAACGUUCCGUGCUGCUUUGAAUGCCUGAGAUGAGCCAUUGUGAUCAAGGCCAACACUGCAUUUAACUGAACCUUUACCAAAACCAGUCUUGUUGCAUAAAUGGAUAGCACCGGGUAUAUAAUGAAAGACAACUAUGUCAUACAGAAUUCUAUGAACUGUUUUUCAUGGUUUCAUGGUGUUGUUGUGGUGUUGGUUUCAUUGUUUUUAUUUGAAUCAUUUUCCAAAUGGCUUACUUUCUUUCGCCUUUCUAUUCAAUGUUAUGCAAUACAGCUGUAAUUGUUGUUAUGGUGAUCCGGUUAAUAAAUUAUAUUUGUGUCACAUUUGAAAUCUU